UGCGGAUCGGCGGCGGGCACGGUGGCCGAGCCCAUGCAGCCGCGCAGCGAGCGCCCGGCCGGCAGGACGCAAAGCCCUGAGCACGGCAGCCCGGGGCCCGGGCCUGAGGCGCCGCCGCCGCCGCCUCCGCCGCAGCCGCCGGCCCCUGAGGCCGAGCGUGCGCGGACCCGGCCGGCCCGGCCCGCGGCCCCCAUGGAGGGUGCCAUGCAGCUGCUGAGCCGAGAGGGCCACACUGUGUCCCACAACUCCAAGCGGCACUACCAUGAUGCCUUCGUGGCCAUGAGCCGCAUGCGGCAGAGGGGCCUCCUGUGUGACAUCGUUCUGCACGUGGCUGCCAAGGAGAUCCGAGCACACAAGGUGGUGCUGGCCUCCUGCAGCCCCUACUUCCAUGCCAUGUUCACAAAUGAGAUGAGCGAGAGCCGGCAGACACACGUGACGUUGCAUGACAUUGACCCUCAGGCCUUGGACCAGCUGGUGCAGUUUGCCUACACGGCCGAGAUCGUGGUGGGCGAAGGCAACGUGCAGACUCUGCUCCCCGCCGCCAGCCUUCUGCAGCUGAACGGCGUCCGUGACGCCUGCUGCAAGUUCCUGCUGAGUCAGCUCGACCCCUCCAACUGCCUGGGCAUCCGGGGCUUCGCCGACACACACUCGUGCAGUGACCUGCUCAAGGCGGCGCACAGGUACGUGCUGCAGCACUUCGUGGACGUGGCCAAGACCGAGGAGUUCAUGCUGUUGCCGCUGAAGCAGGUGCUGGAACUGGUCUCUAGCGACAGCCUGAACGUGCCUUCAGAGGAGGACGUCUACCGUGCCGUCCUGAGCUGGGUCAAGCACGACGUGGAUGCUCGGAGGCAGCACGUCCCACGGCUGAUGAAGUGUGUGCGUCUGCCGCUGCUGAGCCGGGACUUCCUGCUGGGCCACGUGGACGCAGAGAGCCUGGUGAGGCACCACCCUGACUGCAAGGACCUGCUCAUCGAGGCCCUCAAGUUCCACCUGCUGCCAGAGCAGAGAGGCGUGCUGGGCACCAGCCGCACGCGGCCGCGGCGCUGCGAGGGCGCCGGCCCUGUGCUCUUCGCCGUGGGUGGCGGGAGCCUGUUCGCCAUCCACGGGGACUGUGAAGCUUAUGACACGCGCACUGACCGCUGGCACGUGGUGGCCUCCAUGUCCACACGCCGAGCCAGGGUGGGCGUGGCGGCGGUUGGGAACCGACUGUACGCAGUGGGCGGUUACGACGGGACUUCAGACCUGGCCACCGUGGAGUCGUAUGACCCUGUUACCAACGCCUGGCAGCCUGAGGUGUCCAUGGGCACGAGGCGCAGCUGCCUGGGGGUGGCGGCCCUGCACGGGCUCCUGUACGCGGCCGGUGGCUACGAUGGCGCCUCCUGCCUCAACAGUGCCGAGCGCUACGACCCCCUGACCGGAACGUGGACAUCCAUCGCUGCCAUGAGCACCCGCAGGCGCUAUGUUCGCGUGGCCAUGCUUGAUGGCAGCCUGUAUGCAGUGGGCGGCUACGACAGCUCGUCACACCUGGCCACUGUGGAGAAGUAUGAGCCCCAGGUGAAUACGUGGACGCCGGUGGCCUCCAUGCUGAGCCGGCGCAGCUCCGCGGGCGUGGCGGUGCUGGAGGGGGCUCUCUACGUGGCCGGCGGCAACGAUGGCACCAGCUGCCUCAACUCUGUGGAGCGAUACAGCCCCAAGGCCGGGGCCUGGGAGAGUGUGGCGCCCAUGAACAUCCGAAGGAGCACCCACGACUUGGUGGCUAUGGACGGCUGGCUGUAUGCCGUGGGGGGCAACGAUGGCAGCUCCAGCCUCAACUCCAUCGAGAAGUACAACCCGAGGACCAACAAGUGGGUGGCCGCGUCCUGCAUGUUCACCCGGCGCAGCAGCGUGGGCGUGGCGGUGCUCGAGCUGCUCAACUUCCCGCCGCCGUCGUCGCCCACGCUGUCUGUGUCGUCCACCAGCCUCUGACCCGGGGGCUGCCAGAGGCUGGCCCCGCGGCCUCCCACAUGCCUUAAGCCCCCCAGGGGGCCCCAGCGCCUCCCUCCCCUCGACCGCGUGUCGGGGCUGGGUUCCCUCGCGCGCGCCAGGGACGCACUGUCCGUCCGCGUUUCUGUGUCCGUUCCUCAGUGUUCGUCUGUUUCCGUGCGCACCGUUUCUUUACUCGUCUGUUUAUUUAUUCAGUAUUUAUUGGUCGAUGAGCAGUGCUGCAGGCACCAGUUCAUACGUUUACUCUAGAAGGUGUCCUGUGUCUGGGACCAAGCUGCCGGCCUGGGCGCGCCCUCCCGCCCUGCGGGGGGCACCAGGGAGCGUGGGGGUGGACAUGCAUUGCCCGUGGGUCGGGGCCAACACGGACUCUGCAGACCCGGAGGGGCCACGAGGUAGAAGGUAGAUGCAGAGCAGCUGGCAGGGGCGGGGGGAGGCGGCCGCUGAGCAGGUGCAGACCCCCCGCCUUUGCUUUGCACACACCGCCCUUGCCUCGCCCGGCAAGGCACACUCCCAGGGAGGGCACAGAGGGGGCUUCCUACCUGCGGGCGGGGUGUCUUCUGGAUCCUGCACUGAGCUGGGCGCACACACGUGCCACAGACCCCUCACAGCAAUAUGAGCCG